CGUCGUCAUGUCUAGAAUAGCGGUUUUAAAUCCUCUUGUUUGUUUGUUUGCAGAUGAUGAUGACGUCUUCCUGUGUGGGAAGUGUAAGAAGCAGUUCAACUCCUUGCCGGCGUUCUUGACUCACAAAAGGGAGCAGUGCCAGCAGAACACGCCCUCGCUCGCCACCGUGUCACUGGCGUCCAGCAACACUUACACGCCUGUACCCUCGGUCAGCGCCGUGCCACAACCUCCGGCCAACAGACAGGUGUCGACGUACAUCACGGUGCCGCCGGCUCCUCUCACACACACCUUGGUGCAGGGGAACGUUCUGGUGAGCGACGAGGUUCUCAUGUCGGCCAUCUCGGCGUUCACGUCCAUGGACACCCCAGUCACGGCCAUGCAGGCUUCCUCUCAGAGUAAUUUGAGCCUGCCCAGUGCAGCAUCAUACCUGCAGCACCAACCACAGGCCUCUCAGCCCCUCCCACUGGCCCAGGCUCCACCCCUUUCUGCACAGGUUCCCACCAGUAUCAACAGCCCAAUAGUGCAGGUGUACAGCACACUGCCCCCGAUGGCUGGAGGAGGAAACGCAGAGGUCCACACACUCGGCCUCCAACAGUUCCAGUCUGUUCAGGGUGGUGGUGGUCAGUGUGCGGACAGUCAGACUGCAGCCUUCAGCAGCGCUCCCGUUUACAGUUCGGCUAAACCGGCACAGAAGCUGAAGAGCUGCAGCAGCACCGUGACUCUGAGCGAGCUGAGCGAAUACGACAAGGUCAUCCAUCAUCCCCAAAAAGACCCGCAACUCCAAGAAAGGCCAGGAAGCAGGUCAAACAAAAGCCAAAGGUCAGAAGCUUAAGUGCAGUUUCUGUGACGAGGUUACUCAGGAUAAAGAGAACACAUCCAGCGAGCAAGAGCACGGUCCGAGUAAAAGUCGAGCGUGAGAGAUCGGGGGGAAUGCGCCAGGGCUUCCACGUGGAAUCGGUGCAAUCGACGAUUUCAAAACACCGAUGAUGAUGACGUCUUCCUGUGUGGGAAGUGUAAGAAGCAGUUCAACUCCUUGCCGGCGUUCUUGACUCACAAAAGGGAGCAGUGCCAGCAGAACACGCCCUCGCUCGCCACCGUGUCACUGGCGUCCAGC